AUGGUCGAACUUGAAAGUCUGUUUUCGUUCCAGAUCUUUUUCAUCUUUUUGCGAGAGUCACUGGAGAUCAUCGUCAUUGUGUCUAUCCUGCUGACGGUGGUCAAACAGGCGCUGCUCUCGAAUGAGGACUGCGGUGGGAAUCAGAACGUGUCUCCAGAGCAGCCGGAUGAAGCCGCGAGGCUCACCGUGGAGGAAGAAGAGCUGCUGGACUACGCGCAUUCCAACGUCUCGUCCAGCGGCAGGAUGUCUGCGUCCGAGAUCGACAACAAGCAGUUGUACAAGAAACUGAAGCUGCAGGUGCUCUCUGGCGGUGCUUUGGGACUUCUGUGCUGUCUCUUGGUUGGGGGCGCCUUCAUUGUGGCCUUCUAUAUCAUCGGCACGGAUCUGUGGUCUGCCAGCGAACACUAUUACGAAGGUGUGUUGAGCACCGUGGCGUCUGUGAUCAUAUCCGUGAUGGGGCUCUUCUUCCUGAGGAUGGGCAAACUCCGCGAGAAGUUCAGGGUCAAGCUGGCCACCAUCAUCUAUUCCGAUCGCGGCAAGAUUCUGCAGGACAACGGGGCCAAAGCGGUCAAAUUCAGCGAGAAAUAUGCGUUGUUCAUAUUGCCCUUUGUGACGGCGCUUCGCGAGGGCCUGGAGGCUGUCGUUUUCGUUGGCGGCGUGGGGAUCGAUCAGCCCCUCUCCUCCAUCCCACUUUCGAUGCUAGCGGCCACUCUUGUGAGCUCGGUAUUUGGCUAUUUCUUCUUCAAAUCGUCCAAAUCUUUCUCUUUGCAGAUAAGCUUGGUCGUGACAACGUGUUUUCUCUACUUGAUUGCCGCAGGCUUGUUUUCCAAAGGCAUUUGGCAAUUCGAGGUCCAACGGUACGUGAAUUUGUGCAAUGGCCAGGACAUGAGCGAGGUGGGCAAUGGACCCGGUUCGUAUGAUAUAAGCAGGUCCAUAUGGCACGUCAACUGCUGUAACGGUGAGAGAGAUGGAUUGUGGAUGAUAUUCACAGCGAUUUUCGGUUGGACCAACAGUGCUACUUAUAGUUCAGUGGUUGCGUACAAUUUGUACUGGCUGGUUAUUAUCGGUGCCAUCAAAACUUUGCUGAUCGAAGAAAAAGUUGGCUACAUCCCAUUUGUACCACUUCGACUCCAGAAACGUCGUAUCCAAAAGAGAGUUCACGCUGCCAAAAAAGCUCUUGAUCUCAAGCACUUGACCCCAUUUGCCUCUUCAACGCCCGUUCCAUUUGAUGACUCAAAUCGCAGAACUUCCAAAGAUAGUCAAAAUAGUACUUCACCACUCAUACAGAAUGCUGUAUCCGGCAAGACUUCGCAUACGUAA